AUGAAAAACCAAGAGGUUGCUCUUAAACCAAAUUAUGUCAAGGGACGGCAAGAAAAGAAGAAAGACAAACAAGAUGAUUAUACACAAAAUAACAUUGAUUUUUACAACGAAUUGCGAAGCGCUUUAAGAACCAAUGUAAAAAACAUUUUGAAAUAUGAAAGCACAAAAAAUGAACACAUGACUUCUGCAACUCAACAGAAGGAAGAACAAGAAUGGAAUGAUAAAAGAAUGCUUAGGGGUCAGUUAAAAAUGUUCCCACAGUACGAUUUAAAAAGCUUGCUAAGUAGGGACAAGAAAGACUACGAAAUUGUUGAAUUAGAACAAGCAGCGCAACCGAAAGAGGGAAAAGAGAAAGAGAAAGAAAAGGAAAAAAAAGAAAAAGAAGGAAUUAUACUUAUUAUUACCCACUUAUGA